UUUGGGAGUGUGUCGGACAGCAGUCUCCAGCUCCUUCAUACCUGCGCACAGCAUCCAGGGCUGCUUUCCCCCUCUGACAGGACAAGACGCACUGCAGCAUCCAGAGAGCAGCUGACGGAAAAAUACUUUUUACUGCCAAGAAGUCAAAGCAACCAGCAUCAGCUGAAAGAUGCUGCUCACAGGAACCCGACAAGUCCAAAUACUUCCAUUUCUCAUAGCAGUCUGUCGCCUCACUCUGGCCUUCCCCACCCAAACUCCAUCUGCAUUUGACGAUGUGCAGCAGCUCCAGGUGACAAUUCCCCACUCAGGUCUGAUCUCCGCCCCACUGGGCAGCUCCAUCUCCAUCCCCUGCCUGGUGUCCCUGUCCUCCACUCCCACCACCUCCUCCUCAUCUUCUUCCCCCGUUGCACCACGGGUAAAGUGGACGGUGGUGUCCGGCGGGGUGGAGACGCAGAUCCUGGUGGCGCGGGGUCAAAGGAUAAAAGUCAACGAGGCGUACAGAGACCGCGCUGCCUGGCUUAACUACACCUCCUCCCCCGAUGAUCUGUCUCUGUGGCUGGGAGAUUUACGCUCCAGCGACACGGGUCACUAUCGCUGCGAGGUGCAGCAGGGCCUCGAGGAUGCCAGCGACCUCGUACAACUUAAGGUCAAAGGUGUUGUUUUCCACUAUAGAGACGCUCUGGGACGCUAUGCAUUCUCCUUUCAUCAAGCCCAGAUGGCUUGUGAGGCCAUCGGGGCUCAAAUCGCCACUCCUGACCAGCUGCUGGCGGCCUACUAUGACGGCUACGAGCAGUGUGACGCAGGCUGGCUGGCAGACCAGUCCGUCAGGUACCCAAUCCAAGUUCCGCGUGAGGGUUGUUAUGGAGACAUGGACGGCCAACCAGGAGUGAGGAACUAUGGGACAAUGGAUCCAGAUGAUUUAUAUGAUGUUUACUGUUAUGUGGAAGAACUUGACGGGGAGGUGUUUCAUGACCCCAUCCCACAACAGUUGUCGUUUGCUGAAGCACAGUCUUACUGCAGAGCAGCAGGUGCACAGCUGGCUACAACUGCACAGCUGUACUCUGCUUGGAGUGAAGGUCUGGAUUACUGCAGCCCCGGCUGGCUGUCAGACGGCAGCGUGCGCUACCCCAUAAUGACCCCUAGAGAGCGCUGUGGAGGGCCAUUAGCAGGCGUCAAAACCCUGUAUCGCUUUAUCAACCAAACUGGCUUCCCAGAGCCCUCCAGCCUUCAUGACGUUUAUUGUUUCAGAGAGAGCACAAAUGAUCAUACCGACUCUCCCCGGGACUAUGUGGCCACAGAGCCAGAAGACAUCGGCCAAGAUGUUGUUAUAUUAAUGGAAACAGAUCAAGAGCUCAAACUGAACAACAAUGGUGAACAGGUGGAACUUAAAGCACAAGGGGUGCUUGAAUCUUCUCCCCUUUUCUCCAGCGCUUCCCCAGAGGACAACCUUAUCCACACACAACCAACAGAACUAUCAGACACAACAGAGCCUCCCUUUAACAACACACCUACAAUGGACCUCCUUCCGGGAUUUAAUGAAACUGUUUUUCCUACUGAAAUGAGCCAUGACUCCCAGCGUUCUACCGAACCGAUGAACAUCACUAUCAGCACAACAGAAACCUAUGAUUCAGCACAAAACGCAUCAUUACUACCUAGUGUUUUCAAUGAGACUGAUUCUCAAAACAAGUUCAAUUUGACCUUUAACCAACCUGAGCCAGAAAGCACCACAGGGUUUCCUGUACUAUCAUUUGAACAAAACCAGACGGUCUCAGGCGAGGCUUCUGAAGAGAGCACAACACCAUCGGAGAGACAACUAGAUUCCCAGGAAAUACGCGAUGCCUUCAGGAAUUUUGACAAAACGCAUGCCAAUUACAGCGACACUGACAGCAACCGUACUGACGAGGAGGAGAGUCUCUGGGAGGUGACUCUAAUGACCCUUGAGCCCAUGGUUCAGGUGGAGCUGCAGGAGGCAGCAGUAGAAGAUGCUGUACAGGUAUCUGACUCAACUCAGGCUUCAAGAGGAGAAGAAGAAGUUGUUACACAACGAGCACAAACAACACGAUCUUCCAUGCAGGACUUCCCUUCAUUGUGGGUGAAUCUGGAUGGGUCAGGAGAUUUUUCUCAAGAGAGUGACGUUGACGUCGAAGCAGCGUUAAGUCCCACAUCCACUUCUGGCUCAACAGCUAAUUUGACAAGUUCUGUAUCUUCUAGCGGUGCUUCUGCAGAGCCUCACACAACACUGUCUGAUCCAACAGUCUCACCUGGGUCACAUCAUUCAGACAACAUGGGCCUCUCCACAGCAUCACAGCUCUGGGAGUCUUCUAUUUUUAGGCAGGAAGGAAGUACAAGCUUAGAAAUCGAAGAUGCAGCCACUAUGGAAAGUGAAGAAAAACUGCACCCAACUAAGUCUGAGGACGGCCUCCUCUCUGGAGUAAUUUUAGCAACUAUUGAGACCCCAGAGAGCUCAAACACAUCUCAGUUGCCCACUGAACAACCCACAGCGCUGUAUCAGACGUCAGGUUACAGAGUGUUUUUGGAUAUGACCAACAGGUAUGAAGAGGCAAGUGGAAAUGAACCUGGUAUAAUCACUUCAAUCCUUGGAGAAGACAUCAGAAUUUCUCCAAUGAAAGAAGAGGAUGUAACAGUUAGUCCAAAUCUCGAAGAAGAAGAAACAAAGGUUGAUGCAACUCUUGAAGAGAAAGCGCAAGUCUUCUCUCUACAAGACAAAGAAGGGAACGUUACCCAAAUCGUGGAAGAAGCUAACAUCACCCUAACACUUGAGGAGGAAAGUAGCAUUGCCCCGACACUUGAGGGAAAAGUUGAAGUGUCCCCAUCCCUUGCCCCUGAAGAAGAAGCUAGCAUUACCCCAACCCCUGAAGAAGAAGGUGAAUUGUCCCUAACCCUUGCCCCUGAAGAAGAAGCUAGCAUUACCCCAACCCCUGAAGAAGCUAGCAUUACCCCUGAAGAAGAAGGUGAAUUGUCCCUAACCCUUGCCCCUGAAGAAGAAGCUAGCAUUACCCCAACCCCUGAAGAAGAAGCUAGCAUUACCCCUGAAGAAGAAGGUGAAUUGUCCCUAACCCUUGCCCCUGAAGGAGAAGCUAACAUUGUCCCAACCCCUGAAGAAGAAGUUAUGGUUGCCAAAAACUUUGGUGAGGAAGCUAACAUUCCUCCCGCUCUUGAAGAAGAAGCCAAUGUUACACAAACAUUUGAUGAAGAAGGUCAUGGUACCACAAGUCCUGAAGAGGAAUCUAACUUUUCCAAACCAAAUGAAGGCGAAGCUAACAGUGCCCAAACUGAAGAGGGAACUAACAUUGUCCCAACUCUUGAAGAAGAAGAAGCUAGCAUCGCCCCUACAUUUGAAGAGGACUUUACUGUUUUUCCUCUCGAAUCACAAACAUCAAACUGGGCUCUGUUGACCACCACUACUGGACCCCAAGAGUCCAUGAACGAUCUAGAGUACAGCAGAAAAUCCCCGACCCUUACCUCCACAACAUCUCUGAGUUCCUCCUCGAGUACAAAACCCACUUCUGCUAGCACAAAGAAAAAUCCUUCCACGAUUAAGACCACGACACCCUGGUCCAGCCGCUCCUGGAGCCCGACCACCUCAAGACAGAAGGUUACCCACAAGACGCCUGAGCCCCCAGUGGUGACAGCCUUCAUGCCACCAGUGGAUCAAGGUCUGGUGGAUGUUGAGUUUAGUCUCACCCAGCCACCCACCCUGCUUAUAUUGCCCAAUGAGAGGGCAGCUGUAGGCGGCACAGGGAAAGCUUCAGACGCCUGCGUGGGAGAGCCCUGUCUCAAUGGAGGAACCUGCACUGAGCGAGGUGGGCAGAUUCAGUGUCUCUGUUUGCCAACAUACGGAGGAGACUUCUGUCAGACUGACGAGGAGCAGUGUGAACCAGCCUGGGAUAAGUUCCACGGUUUCUGUUACCGACACUUCAGCCAGCGUCUGAGCUGGGAGGUGGCGGAGCAGCACUGUCGCAUGCUGGGAGCUCACCUGGUGUCCAUCAUGACCCCUGAGGAGCAGAGUUUCAUAAACAGCAACUACAAAGAAUACCAGUGGACGGGUUUAAAUGAUAAAACUAUUGAGGAUGAUUUCCGCUGGUCUGAUGGGAACCCACUGCUGUAUGAGAACUGGUACAAAGGGCAGCCAGACAGUUACUUUCUAUCUGGUGAGGACUGCGUGGUGAUGGUGUGGCACGAUGACGGACGCUGGAGUGACGUUCCCUGCAACUAUCACCUUGCAUACACUUGCAAGAAAAGCACCUCCUCAUGUGGUUCACCACCAAAGGUUCAAAACGCCUCCAUAUUUGGAAAACUUCGACAAAGAUAUGAGACCAAUGCAGUUGUGCGUUAUCACUGCGCUCAGGGUUUCCAGCAGAGACUGAACCCUGUGGUCAGGUGUCUGUCUGCAGGCAGGUGGGAGAGGCCCCAGAUCCUCUGCAUCCCCGAGGCCAGGGGUCCAACACAGCACCCCGAGGUGACAUCUCAGCCCAGCAGAGACUUUGCUGCCAUUGAUGAUGAGCAGCGUGAAGCUGUUAAAGAGGCACCACAGUACUGGGACAUCAGGUUCUAAAAUCACAGCCAUGUUUUCCUUGUCUUCAUUUCUUAAACUCUGCUGUUGUAACUUGACAUGGUGUCAAGAAUUUAGGCUUUUACCAAUGAACAAACAGGACAACAUGAACCACAGAUAGAGAGACACAAACUGAAGAAGCCUCAGUGCACAGACAGGCUUUGUUUUCUUUUGUGGAAGUUUAAAGCUUCUUCGUUUUAAUGUCCUUUAGAAUAUUUCCCACUGUGUUUUGGUCUUGGGACUGUACGAGUUUGAUGUAGUGUCUAUCAGCCUUAAAAAAAAAAGUUUUAAGUGAGUCCUUUUCAUGAGAAGAAAUACUGUAACGUCUGAUUCUCCUUACUGAGUCUGAUCCUCAUCUAGGUACCUGUUCUUUUAGAUCAAGAACCUUCUUAAAAUGGUGCUAAAGUUUUCAACAUCUUUUCUACCCAGCAAAGAUUUGUAAUCUUUUUUUUUGUGAUUGAGGUGUAGACAAAAGUCCCCGUUGUUUUAAAUCUAAGACUCUAAGGACUCCAAAGCACAAUUUCAACAUGAACAUACAAUAAUUACUGUACAUAUAUAUUUGCUUUUACACCUCUGAUAGCUGUCCGCAUAUUCGUAGGAGAAACCUUUUAUUUCCAGCAGACACAGUUUUGUUCGUCAGCUUUAUGUUGUAAUAAAGUUUUGUAGAACAGAGCGAAGAAUAAAUUGUUCUCUUAUUUUACCCCAA